AAAAUAGAUGUCUUUAGCAGUCAAGUGCAUACAGAUAGGGCCUGAGAGUUUUGCUGCUUUUUUGCUCUGAGAUGAAACAAACACAAGGCUUGCUGCCAUGGAUGAGGGAAUCUUUGAAUUGGAGCUGUGUUGCAGCAUUGUUCUCAAAAGCCCAGUCCAGCCAAUGAUGGGACACUUUGUGUGCUGCUCGAUUUCUAGGAGCUGAGAAGGAGGCUUUCCUCAAGGACUGAAGACAAACUUCUUUUCCCUCCCAACACUUUCACUCCCCUGUUUUAAGCCCAGGUGCUUAUUCCUAGCAUCCACGCUGGCUUCUUAGCUGUGCCUCCCCCAUCCACCGCCCUCCAUCAGCUCCAGGGGGACGGCCAGGGGGACCGUCCCCGAUGGCCGGGCAGGGGCAAGAGGACGGCUGCCCUCCGCCUUCAAGCCCUGAAAAAGCUCCUACAAGCCAUCCUGCCCUGGGACGAGCCAGGAAAGCUUUCCUCCUGUCAGGAUUUUGGCCGCUUUCCUUCCCCGGGUGCCCGCUCCCCGCCAGAGGGCGCCGCCGCUCCUCAGAGCUCCCCUCAUGGCGCGGGGCCCCCGUUGUCCCGGCGACCGCCGGUGGCGCCGCGGGCAGAACAGACAGAAUCUGUGCAAGGUUUCCAACAGAGUGGGAAUAAAAUUCUUCUGGAAAAAACAUGAUAAAGAUAUUCCAUGGUCUGGGGAGCUGCGUAUUGACCUAGAACCCAACGUCUAGCUUCCAGCAGAAGUACAACAAAAAACAUGGAAGAGAAGAAGAAAGACGAGAAACCAAAAGAGCAACUUUCAGAAGAAUCAGCUUUCCAGGAAGCCUUACUGGAAUUUCAAAUUGAAACAAAAGAAGCAGCAAUUGAUCAGGUUUUGUGUGAUCUGAAACAAGUGGAAAAAAAGAACAAAGAAUAUCAUGAAAGAAACGACCAUCUGAAGGAAGAACAGCAGACACACAUCAGGCGUAUACUCAGAAAAAUAGAAGAAAAGGAGAAAGAGCAAGAUGAAAAGGAGGUUGUAACUAGGGAUGACGUGGAAGAGUCACUGCAAGCCACAUGGCAGUACGCUAAGGACAAAGAACAACUUCUGAAAGACCUGCGCUCCCAAACGGAAGAAAUUGACCGACAACUUUCAGCAAAGCAGAGUGAGAGGGAUUACUGGUUGGAGUACAAAAAUGUGGGAAGUAAAACACAUGCUAACAAGAUUAAGAAUCUGGAAAAAGACAUCAAGGAAGUCAAAGAUGACCUUCACAGGGCUACAGAAUAUUAUAGAAAGGCUUUGAAAGCAGUGAAAGAAGAAAACGACAGACUAGUUGAGCUGUACACGAAGAAAAGUAAGGAACAGGCACCAGAGAGUGCUGUAAGAUACUUAGACAAAAGCAGCAUCAGAGAAAUUGAAGAGAAUGAGUGGCUGAAAGAAGAGGUUAAAAUGUACCAAAAGAAAGUGAGAGACUUGAAAGCCUCUGUUCAGCUCCUAGAAGAAGAAAAUAUAAAUUUAGUGACAAAACUGAUUGAUGGCAAACUUCAGAAUCUGAGAGUACCCAGGCAUUUGUGUCUUACUCAGGCGGCUGGCUUGCAAGGUGAGUUCUCCCAGGAUGAAAUUAAAGGAGUAGAGCACAGAGAGUACUCAGCAAAGACAGAUGGAGAGGAAAGCCUCAGAAGCGCCACAGUGCCCUGUCAGAAGAAAAAAGCCUCUCCAAAGAUUCAGUCUGAAGCAGAGGAUGGGAAGCCUCGAGACAGUGAUGAGGAGCUGCAGGAAAAAUCAUUGACUCCACUUCUUAACAGCUUGUAUGAAGUUGAAAAAGAUUUCCAGGAAUACUUAAAACUGGGUCCUCUGGAGUCAAAGCUAAUGUGUGUGGUUGGAAGAGCCAUGCCUAUUCACAAGGAGCCGGAAGAAACGCCAAGCAAAAGCCCCACGGAAGAUGGCUCUAUGGGUAAAUCCAACAGGCACAUCACAGCUCAGAUGAUCAAAGACUUGAUUAAGGAACAGGUUGGUUAAAAAAAAAAAAAAAAAGAGAAGCUGUGCUGUUAGCAGACAUGUAACGUUCUUGGUUCAUUAAAUAUUUGCUCUGUCGUUCAAAGAGUGCGUGGACUUUGUGGUUACUAUUUUUGAGUGUCUGAAUCAUCUCCACAUAGACGUUUAAUUAGGGACAUGCCCAGAUGGCGAACUGAAUGGCUGUUUUCCUUAGACUUGGAGGUAUUGCUGGGGCAUAUCUUGGGCUUCUUGGUCCAAACAGCUGCACGUGUAGCUGAGAAGUUGUUGUGAGAAGUUAUAUCUGAGCUGUUAUGAGCCAAGCUUUGUGAUCCCUACUUGCCGUGUGUCAAAUGUAGAAUUCCAGCUCGAGCAGACACUGAACGUAGGCUGCCAUAAAAUGCAGAACUGCUACAAAACACUUAAUUCUUUGCUAAAUCAGAACCCAGUUUACCCAAGCACAAUUCAAAUAUUGCUGGAAAUUCAAUGUUUGAAUGUAUUUUAUCUGUCUGCGUGAAAAACUCCACUUAAACAUAUUGCAAUUACUAAAAGUUAAUUUUCAAAUUUCAAAAGCAUAAUUUCAAAGCAUAAAAAUCAUUUAAGUCUUUAAAUUUGUUUCAGAAUUGGCCAAGUACGUUGUGUAAGCCUUUAUUUUUGUUCUGUGGCUGGUCUCUCUGGACGUGUAUCUUAGCACACUGAGUCAGGGAUUUUUUCCCAUUCUCAUUGUGCAUCGUGGACGCCCUGUCUGGAGUACACAAUGCAGUUACUUCCCCAAAGGCACAAAUAGGAAAUGCGUGAGUCAAAAACCUUUUUAGAAACUUGUGCUGGCAUUAAAUAGUCCAAUUUAAACUCUUGAGGGGUUAAUCAGGUACUUGGAAGAAAGCUUUUUUAAAAUAAAUAACCGACCGACUUAUAGCCGUGCAGCGUCUCGGUUUAUCCCAUGCUUCAGCACAAACAUUUUGCAUUCUCCAGGUGAGCUCAGCCGUUCCUGCCCAGCAGGUGUCUCCUUGAGCUGGAGGUGAGAGGGGCUGACUGUCUGCAGCUCCUUACAAACACAAAAAGUAGGAGCCCGCAUCUCAAACCCAACCUCACUUGCACUGCCACGUGGUGAGCGCUUGAAUGAGUUUGGCCGUGUCUCUGCUGUAACCCUGCUGAGUUACAGCAGAGGCUGAGGUGACUCCUAAAUAUUCGUGUGUCCAAAGGGGAUCCCUACUCGUGAGGUGCCAACGUUUUAAGCACAACAGCAGCCCCUCCGUGGCUAUGCCGCCUCUCUCUGAGUGCAAGCUGCAUGAGCUGGCGCGCUUGAAAGCGGGAUUAGUUCUGCUCAGUGGUUAGUCUGGCUUUUCGUAUAGUCAUAGAAUUAGAAUAUGGCUUUUGCUGUUACAGAAAAGCCUCGCCUUCUUCCCACCGCUCCCCCGAGGGCAUUUACAGGGAUGUGAACGUAGGGCCCUUCUCCAGACGUCUCCGUGCUUAUGCCCAUCAUCCACACCGCACCGUAGGGCAUGUGGCAGGACAACAUAAACUUGUACCUCAGAAAAAAAACAACUUUGCAGCUUGAAAUCACCGUUUAGAUUUUAACAGUAAGUGCCUGUGUGGGCGAGAGGGAGUUAAAAAGAAAUGUGAAACAUGCUAAUUAGGGUGCAAGCCACAGGGAGCCUGCACAGGCCAGAAGCAACAGCCUGUAGCAAAACUUAGUCAAGUGUCUCAAAUCCCCUUGGCUUCCAUGUGCUUAGCAUUAGGGCAAGUGGGAGGCUUUUAUGGGGGGAACAGCGAGGUCCUUAGCAUCUGGAUUUGAUAAUUUUGUUACUGCCAAAAACUCUCAGGCAUGAGCAAGGUGUUGUAAAGCAGAGGAGCUGAUCAGCACACUGGCAGCACGGCUACCACCUCCAACUCCUGCUUAAACAACGGGAGUCGGGGGCACCGUGCCAGUUGGUGCAAAACUUACACAGGAGGAGCAUCCUGAAAUUCCCUGCGUGCUGAAAUAUUUUCCUUUUACUGCGGUUACAAGCAUAGGACACUAGUUGGGCUACAAGAUAUAAGGUUUUUUUUUGUUAAAACUGCAAUUUUCUUAGCAUUGGGGAGAGUUGGGACAGAUGGACACUUUCCUGCAAGUGUUCACUUGAAAGUCAAAUUCAAGUUAAAGAGCUGUGAGCAGCACCCAGCUGCAGGUAAGCAGCUUCAAUAGAACUGAAGUCCAUGUGCUCCAACUAAGAACCACCAAUCCACCAAAUGGCUAAAAACACAAAGUAGAGCGGUGUGUACUGCUCUGCAGUGCUCAUGGAAGCGAUUUCAGAUGCUUACCUCAGCGUAUGGCUGGUUUGAACCCUCUCUGAGCAAUUUCCCUGUAGGGGCAAGCAACUGGAGCACCGUGCUCUGCAGCCCGAGCUGCGGGGAACAUGGGUGUUUGGAGAGGUUCGCAGCCUCCCAUGCAGCCAGGUUAUAUAACCAGGCGAUCUCUCCGCAGGUGCAGACCUGCAGGUUUGGAGAAACGAGGGCAGGAGACUUGUUCUGCAGCAUUUGUUCUCGUUUGCCUGCUUUCCGAGAGUAUUCAACGGAAGGGAUUCUGCGGGCAGCGAGGAGCUUGCCAGAAUAAGGGCAGAAACUAAUGGACCGAAACGUUUCGCUGUACUGACAGACCAGGACCAGAGAACCGAAUAUCAUUAGCACCUAAAGCCACUGAUGUUUUAAAGCUGGAUGUUCCUCUGAAAAAGGCUUUCCCUUGGAUCAAAACCCUUGGAUUUUUGACCCACUGUAGGAGCAAGGACGUUUCUUUGUACCACCACACCUCACAGCUCGUGUUCUGCAGCCGACCGCAAGCGCCGCGUGUUGUUUUAGGACACGGCACGGUAACGAGACGCCAGCAGUUGUUCCCAUGUUCAGCCCACAGAACAGCUCCACAAAAAAACUGGGGUUUGACGUGCUGCUGGUCUUUUCCCCACCUUUAGUGGUUAAAGAGCAGCAAGAAGCUAAAAUUGUAUCAAAUAACGCUUCUUAGCAAAAACAAUACUUGGGGAAUUGCUGGGGCUGGCACGGGGACGUUCAGCUGUUAUCACUGAGCGGAGCAGAGAUCUGCACUAUGAAAAUAAGCCUGAGACCUCAGCUCUCCUCGUACGCUGCAGGAGGCAGAGCAACGGGUUUGCGCCCAACCCAUUUUCACUGGCAUUAUCAGCAGAACAGCUCAGGAAGUUGUCUUUUCCAAGGCUUUUCCAUCUUCGCCUCAGGAAACUUCCUCAGCAGAGAAGCAAGAAAAGCAGCAAGAAGCACAUUGCACUCAACUCAUAGACUGAGGUGUUACCUUGGACAAAGCAUCUCCCCCAACCGAAGUGGAAGGAGUUGUUUGCUCAGCCUUCGGACACAAAAGGGCAACGCUGCUGCCACCCUGCUUGGCGCCGGGGGAACCCCUUGAGAGCUCUCCCCGCAGUCGUUCUGACGGAGGCAGGACGGAGCACACGGAUCAGCCCCUUCCCUUCGUUCUCUCGUUUUAGCACAGAAAGCAUCGGGAACUCACAGAUUUUUCUUGUCGGGCAAGUUCAGCGAGAGAAGCCAAGGCCGUUUGUGCUCUCCUCGCUGCAGCGUGCGGGAGCCGCAAAGGUCAAGUCAGAGGCCUGCCAACAGACCAAGGAGAAAGCUCUUAUUUACAUAUGCUCUCAUUAACAUUUUUUUUUCUUCCAUAUUCAGCACAUCUCUUCACUGCCCAUCGCAUUCCCUCGUCAAUCUCCUGCUCCCAUCAGCAUUUUCAAUCUCUCUAUCAUCUCUCCCAGUGCUUUGGCACCUGAUUCUCCCUUUUCUGCCACAAUCUCAAUUAUGUCACGGCCUUCAAGCUGCAAUCCAUUUACGUCUCUCCCAAACUUCCACCAGGCUCUGCAAACACGUACUGUUCAUCUAACAGAGGCAGGAUUUCACCCUGUGCCCCCUUUCUUGCUGAAGGGCUGUUUGGCAGCUGGAAUUUCGGGACUUCAGCAGCUGGUUGAACGGGCACCUGACGUCACAAAGUCAUGCAAUGACUGUUUUAAGUAUCUCCCGAGGUACCAGCAGUGUGAAUUUAUUGCAGGCAGCAGCUCGGUUUAAUUUGUAACUGAAACAAAGAGGGUGAGGGUGGUCAGACGCUGGGACAGGCUGCCUAGAGAGGUGGUUGGUGCCCCGUGCCUGUCGGUGUUCAGGAGGCAUUUGGACAGUGCCCUCAGGAACGUGCCUGAGCUUUUGGUUAGCCCUGAAGGGGUCAGGCGGUUGGACUCAAUGUCUCCAGAGGUCCUUCCGACUGAACGAUUGCAUUUAACAGAAGCAGAAGAAUUUAGGUUGUCAGAUGAACAAUCUGCAUGCGCGCUUUUAGAAAAGCUGCGAGGUUACAGCUGUUCAGAUUCUUGUUGGGGCAACAAUAAACGUCUCAGGGAACAAGUCCAACAGUUCUAUUUAUAUACAUCUCUGAUGAAAAAUGUUGAUUCCUACAUGCUACUUUUCUUCACAAAACUCUAAAAAGAGCUCCAACCCUCUAACCAAGCACUGCUUCCUCCACUGCUUCCUAAGCACAGGAAGCUUUCUCAGACAGUUUGCUCUUCUAGAUUAUACAACCUUUGACCUCAGUUUUGAAGAGAAUCAGGUUUUCGCAUUCCCCUGUUACUGAAAACGCACAGUAAUUCAAAAAGAAACAUGUCUGAGCUAUGCUUUUUCAGUUAAGAUACAACCGAGUGUUAUUCCAGCAGUAACAAAAGCAAACAUACUUAUUAGGAACAAGUUAAAUGGGAAAAUAAUCCUCAGAAAAUUCUCAAGCCUUUUUUUUUUUUUUCCUUCCCUGAAGAGUAAAACUAAAAGUUUAUUAUCAAAGCCUCCAACAAGGUUUAGCCUGGGCAGCAUCUGUGCUCCAUAACACAGCAACUGUGAGUUACCAGCAGAGGAUAACAGAGUUAAGUCAUCCCUACAGAAGAGCCUUUUUUGAGACCAGGAGUUUGCAACCUCAGGCUCACAGCCCCCCAAAGGGGCUCUAACGAAUCAAAAAGGUCUAAGUAAAUUCAGCAAAACAGACUGAAAAUACUGCACAGAGCAUCAGUCCUAAAACAAAGGUCGGUGUUUAUCACACCCCAGCACACCGGGAUAUGGAGAAGGAACAGUGUCUACCUUAACCUUUUCUAUGAGCUAUGAACAAUGUUUCUGAACAAUCCCUUCCCUAGUAAUCACCAAUUUAGCCAUCAGGACACAAACAUCCACUUUUUUUUCCCAUCUAACCUCGACUCAUAUAAUCCACAUUUCUGAUGUUCUAACUGCAAGCAAAAACUGAAAAGAAAUUGUUCUUGGGUGGCACACCCCCAGACUGAAAGCCUCAUUGUAGGGAGGUAAAGAUUUAAGUAAGUUGUAUACGAAACUCACCAGAUCUAAGCUUAUGCAUUACGUACGCUGAAACGGGUUCAAUGUUUUUAUUUAUGCUUUUAGAAAGAAAUUCUAAAUUACUGAUCAUUUUAAGGUGUACAGUUAUAUACCUUCAGGACCAGCUUAGGGUAGUUGAGAGGGAAGUUCCACUUCUAUCAGAACCCCGUGAUGAAAACCAGCAUCUAAAGCAGACGGUGGCGUGAGCAGCUGCUCAAACCUUCUCCAGCAUUAGCUAUCCUGGGGAAGAUACCUAAAUAAUUUUUGGUGUAUUUGUGCUUCUUGCCUGGUUAUAAACAGUGCAAGUUUACUGCCAUGAGUAUUUUGAAAGACUAGAAGAUGGGGAAACAUCAUCUUAAGGAAUCAGCUGUUGCUGCGACGACUCCUUACGAUGAACUAAGACCCUCCGCUACGGCACCACCAGGAAGACGUCGCACAGAUCGUGGCAUUCACGGUGUGGUGCACGGGGCCUGCAAUACAAUCUGCACAUGUGAAAUACAUUUGGUAUUUUAUUAAGUAAACAAUGCAAGUAUCAGUGCACAUUUGUAAGCAGCAAAAAAGAAAAGCACCUCAGACGUUCAUACCGUAACAAAAUUCUGUGGAAGCUGCAUUUUAUUUGAAAAUCCACCCAUCUUUGCUAACAUACGUUUUAAUAUUUUAAACAAAAAUAGAAUCUGCAGAGACAAUGCAGCAAGUAUGCUUUAAUUCAUGUACAGAAUUGCUUUCAUAUCACUGACUAUCCUUCUGAAGGCCCCUCUCCACCCAGAAGUAAUGAUGUAUUUACACAAAGCACCGAUCAACAGUGCUGCUUUAAUUCUUCAUUAUCUAAAUUCCCACUAGAUGUAUGUAAGGAAGCUACUUCCCGCUUUUAACUCUUAAAAGGUACGUGAUCAGAAACAUGGCACUAGCCAAAUGAAAAGGCUUCCCCCCCAACUCACGAUACCUCAAUUUAUUUUAUUUUUUAUUUUUUUUUUUUUUUUACAGAAGAGAAGGAAAGUCUUAAAGUGAAAGCAAUUCCUCACAUUCAUUUUGGAAAGGCCUUAUAAUGUCAAAUGUAAAAAUAAUGACAUGCCAAGCACAAAGCAAUAAAGUUCCUUCCCAAUGCACUAAUGCUGAAUUAAAAAUGUAGUGCUUCUUCUAGUCAGUUAACUGUUCCCUUGCAAAAUCCUAGGCACAGAAUUGACUAUAAGGAUUAAUGCAUUUUACAGCUCUUCCCUAAUUCCCAUAUAUACUGAGAAUUCAUUAGAUUCAGACCUUUAAAAUAUUUAGUGCUCUGUAUGUCAGCUGAAAAGCAUUCUGAAUCAGAUUCAUUCUUUGUGGAUAAAAAUCAGACAUACUGUAUACAUCCAUACUCAUUUUCAUAAGGAGUUUUUUUUUGAUACAAUAUUAAUGUUAAAUUGAUAAUCAUAAAUAAA